UUUGCCACGCUCCCAAACGUUCGACUCUCAACGAACAUUUGUGUCUUUUAAAAACGAUAUCAUUCUCUUGGAUCCAUCUUCCAGUCCAAUGGAAUCUGACCAAUGAUUUUUCUGACAACUGCGAACAGUCAAAUCAUCUUUUGGAUGAAUUAAUGGAUAUGGAAAUUUGCGAUCAUAACUCUUAAAUUAUCAAUAGGGAAGAGAGACUAGAAGUUACGCGAACAUUUCAACGUAAAAAAUGAUUUUAGCGGAUGGGACAUUAGCCAUCUAUAUUUCUGCCGGCCUAGCUGGGUUUCUCGCACUGCUAUGGUGUUGUGCUAUAUGCGUUUGCAAAGGACCUUGUCGAUCACUCGACGAACCCGUGAAAUCACCCUUUGAAAUGCAUAUGGACCCUGCGUCCAAAGACACGGCAUUACGAAACAAGUACGAAGUGUAUCACUAUCAUCUGAUGACACCAAAAACACCAACUCAACAGCACCAAGUUUUGCUGCCUCCACAACUGGUUCCCACACCGAUUUCACAGGCAAGUGGAUCACCGAUUGCAUUUGACUUCGGAGCUGUCUUAAAAAUGCAAGCUGCGGACAAGGCGAACGCUAAAGGAAGAGAUCGCCAAGUCAGGGAUCCGUUGAUAGAUAAAGAACAAGGAGAUUCUUCGUCUGAUUCAAAUAAUGAGAACGUCAAACUAAAGAGAUUGAACACGAUUAAGGUGGAUGUACAAAACAUCGACGACCAAAAAUCUGACAAGCCUCUGAUACAGCAGGACAACCUUCGAGAUGUUGUUAACUGAUUGUGAUGACAUCAUGAACAGUUUCUUCGGUGCUUGUGGUUAAGAAAGUUGUCAUCAUAGAUGAAAGGAAUAAUUAGAUAGCAAAGUGCCUUGAAUUGGUGAGAAACAAAAAGAACUGCUAGCUUCAUGUAUUGAUAAUUCCUAAUCUACUUGUUCUUAAGAAUUACAAGGAUCAAUGUUUAGGCGGCCUUAUGCUUGUCACCGAUGAAGGCCUUCGUUUGAGCGGACGCUUCUAUCCUGAUUUGAAAAUACGCAAGAAAUGCUGCUUUAAGGAUUGAAGUUUUUUCUCAUUCAAAUGCGAAAUAUUUAUUUUUCACGAUUUGAUAUGUUCAAUUAAAAAAAUUUCGCUAUUUUAGUAUCAGUAACUUUGGAAAAAUAAUUAUAUUUACGUAGACGGCGCGAGUGCGAUAUGUGCCGCUUUGUCGCUCAGUUUUGUCUAUUUUUUUUCCUGUUUUGUUCACUAUGAAGUGCAUAUUAGCUGUAUCCCUUCAAAAAAUGAAUUCUCCACUCUUUUACCGCCAAACUUAGUUUUUGAAGUUAAUGCACCUCGAGGGUAAGCGUUGCACGGCCCGCCAAUUGUCAAAGUUUACUUUUAACACCCUCUAAAUAUAGACCGGUAAAUGAUGAAAGACCUGUUUAAGUAAGUAAAUAAAACAAAACACUUGACUCUG